GGCGUACGUGUGCGACGGGCGUUGACUGUUCGGUGACCGUGAUCGAAAAAUCUUCAGUCGUGAAAAUUUUGGCCGUUUUAUACAAACAUCAAAUGUUCUAGUGCAGUUAUCCGCUAUUUCUUAUGGUUUAAGUAGCGCUAUACAUAGCGUUCUCGUAAUAGAACGGUACUAAAGAUCAUAGAUUACAAAUUAUUGUAUUUCGGCACGUCGGUCCAUCUCGCCACCCGGUUUCAAAAUGGCGUCGAAAAAGAUGAAGAAUGCGGACGAAGAUUAUGGUCGUGAGGAUAGCUACCGCGUCGCCAUCACUCCUCAUGGAGCCGACGGUAAAGUACCAGGAGGGAAACCACAGUCCCGUAGAAAGAAGCCAGCUAAGAAAUCAAAAAAGCAGGAGAAAGAAAAUCUCGAUGAGCUCAAGAAGGAGUUGGAUAUGGAUGAGCACCAGAUCCCGAUGGAAGAGCUGUUUGACAGGUUAGGCGCAGAUCUACACAGAGGGCAUACAACGCAGCGAGCGCAGGAGAUCACGGAGAGAGAUGGUCCAAAUUCACUGACUCCACCUAAGAGAACACCAGAAUGGGUAAAAUUCUGCUCGCAGCUAUUUGGAGGGUUCUCGACGUUGCUGUGGAUAGGUGCCAUUCUAUGUUACGUUGCCUAUUCUAUACAGGUUGGCACGGAGGAAGAUCCGCAAGCCGACAAUUUAUACCUAGGUAUUGUGCUGACAGCUGUUGUAGUUGUUACUGGAUGUUUCUCCUACUACCAAGAAGCGAAGAGUUCGAAGAUCAUGGAAUCUUUCAAGGACAUGGUUCCUCAGUAUGCUCUGGUAAUAAGAGAUGGUGAGAAGAGGACAAUGCGAGCUGAGGAACUGGUUGUUGGUGACAUCGUGGAGGUCAAGUUUGGUGACAGGGUGCCAGCUGACAUUCGUGUCAUAUCUGCGCAUGGUUUCAAGGUCGACAACUCUUCACUGACUGGAGAAUCUGAGGCACAGUCCAGAGGACCUGACUGCAGCAACCCGAACCCAUUAGAAACGCGCAACAUUGCGUUCUUCUCUACCAAUGCUGUUGAGGGAGUCUGCACCGGAAUCGUCAUCAACACCGGCGACCGCACCGUCAUGGGUCGCAUUGCCAACUUGGCUUCUGGGCUCGACACGGGCGAGACACCCAUCGCCAAAGAGAUUGCGCAUUUCAUCCACAUCAUCACCGGCGUUGCAGUCUUUCUCGGCGUUAGCUUCUUCGUCAUCGCCUUCAUCCUCGGCUACUUCUGGCUCGACGCCGUCAUCUUCCUGAUCGGCAUCAUCGUCGCGAACGUACCCGAGGGUCUGCUGGCCACCGUCACCGUCUGUCUGACGCUGACGGCCAAGCGCAUGGCGUCCAAGAACUGCCUCGUCAAGAACCUGGAGGCUGUCGAGACGCUGGGCUCCACGUCGACCAUCUGCUCGGACAAGACCGGCACGCUGACGCAGAACCGCAUGACCGUCGCUCACAUGUGGUUUGACAACCAGAUCUGGGAGGCGGACACGUCGGAGGACCAGACUGGCCAGACGUUCGACAAGGAGGCGCAGGGAUGGAAGGUUCUGUCACGCUGCGCCGGCCUGUGCAACCGCGCCGAGUUCAAACCGGACCAGAACGACCUGCCGAUUCUAAAGCGCGAGUGCACGGGCGACGCGUCUGAGUCGGCUCUCAUGAAGUGCGUCGAGCUGUCCAUCGGCAAUGUCGCCGCGAUGCGCAAGACGAUGACGAAGGCCUGCGAGAUUCCGUUCAACUCGACGAACAAGUACCAGGUGUCGAUCCACGAGACAGCCGACGACCCGCAGCACGACCACAUCCUCGUGAUGAAGGGCGCGCCUGAGCGCAUCUUCGACCGCUGCGCGACGAUCUACGUCGACGGGCAGGAGCAGCCGAUCAGCGACGACUGGAAGAACGCAUUCAACAACGCCUACCUGGAGCUGGGCGGCCUCGGCGAGCGCGUGCUAGGCUUCUGCGACCUUGCGUUGCCCGCCGGCGAGUUUCCGAAGGGUUACCCGUUCGAUGCCGACGAUGCGAACUUCCCCCUCGACAACCUGCGCUUCAUUGGGCUGAUGGCGAUGAUCGACCCGCCGCGCGCCGCCGUCCCCGACGCCGUCGCCAAGUGCCGCAGCGCGGGCAUCAAGGUGAUCAUGGUCACAGGCGACCACCCGAUCACUGCACAGGCCAUUGCGAAGAGUGUCGGCAUCAUCUCGGAGGGCAAUGAGACGGUCGAGGACAUCGCGGCGCGUCUCGGCAUCUCGCCGGACGACGUGAACCCGCGGGACGCGAAGGCGUGCGUCGUGCACGGCGUCGAUCUCAAGGACAUGACACCGGCGCAGAUCGACGACAUCCUCAAGCACCACACGGAGAUCGUGUUCGCGCGCACCUCGCCGCAGCAGAAGCUCAUCAUCGUCGAGGGCUGCCAGCGGCAGGGCGCCAUCGUCGCCGUGACGGGCGACGGCGUAAACGACUCGCCCGCGCUGAAGAAGGCCGACAUCGGCGUCGCGAUGGGCAUCGCCGGCAGCGACGUCAGCAAGCAGGCUGCUGACAUGAUCCUGCUCGACGACAACUUUGCGUCGAUCGUGACCGGCGUCGAGGAGGGCCGCCUCAUCUUCGACAACCUGAAGAAGUCGAUCGCGUACACGCUGACGAGCAACAUCCCAGAGAUCUCGCCGUUCCUGUUCUUCAUUCUCGCCGACAUCCCGCUGCCGCUCGGCACGAUCACGAUCCUGUGCAUCGACCUCGGCACCGACCUCGUGCCGGCGAUCUCGCUGGCGUACGAGGAGGCGGAGAGCGACAUCAUGAAGCGGCAGCCACGCGACCCGGUACACGACAAGCUGGUCAACGAGCGUCUGAUCUCGAUUGCGUACGGACAGAUCGGCAUGAUGCAGGCGUCUGCUGGGUUCUUCGUCUACUUUGUCAUCAUGGGCGCAAACGGAUUCCGUGUCGAUCGUCUCGUCGGCCUGCGUGCGGAGUGGGACUCUAGGGCACUGAACAACCUCGAGGACUCCUACGGCCAGCAGUGGACCUACUCCAACCGCAAGAUUCUGGAGUACACUUGCCACACAGCCUUCUUCAUCUCGAUCGUCAUCGUGCAGUGGGCGGACUUGAUCAUCUGCAAGACCCGUCGCAACAGCAUCCUGCAGCAGGGCAUGAAGAACUGGACGCUCAACUUUGGCCUCUUCUUCGAGACGUGCCUUGCCGCUUUCCUCUGCUACUGCCCUGGCCUCGACAAGGGCCUGCGCAUGUACCCUCUCGAGUUCUACUGGUGGCUACCCGCAUUCCCCUUCAGCAUUGUCAUUUUCAUCUACGAUGAGAGUCGGCGUUUCCUCCUGCGUCGCAAUCCAGGAGGGUGGGUGGAGAGGGAAACUUACUACUAGAAGGAUCGCGCCGUGUGGUCAUAUGGCAGCAGCCGUCGGCGUUGUGGUACGUUUAGAAUUGCAUUGGUUUUGCACAAAGGUUUUAAUUGACCGUUUAACUUUGUUCGGCCAUAGCACUGUUAGGGUAUUAGGGGACUUUUUAGGCAGCGGUAUAUAUACCCAUUUCCAUCGUAAAAUCGUAACAACACAGAUCUGACCAUGUACUCGGGGUGGGGGGAGGUUGGCUUCAUAUCACUGAGCCCUUGCAAGCUGGUAUUGAUUAUUUGUUGAAUCUGAGACAGCCAGUAGCCACACAUGUAGUACUUAGUGGGACAUGGUCUCCCCCCUGGAAUAUAAUAUAAUUUAAAUCUAGCAGUACAUAAUUCUGUUAAGAACAGUUGUUUGUAGAUACAAGUUUACUGGUUAAUUCUUAGUUAGUGUUGUUAACGUCUUACAGUUAGUUGGAGAGGCACUUUCACAAGACAGUAAUCAUGGGUACAGUUAUAACAUGUAAUUUUAUUGUUUGAUUGAUUUAUGUUUAUUCAACUGUUGAUGAAAAGGUGAACGAAUGAGCGAGCUGCUCCUCUUGGUGGGGACAUAUUAUAUACAUAUAUAUUAUGCUUCCGCUGUAGAACCGUCUGGUUGUGAUGUGUGCGCAACUUUGUUGGCAAGGCUGAGAGGUCAUCAGUAGCAGUUUAAAAGUUACGUGUGCGCGCACACGUUGCACAGGAGUGGCUCUGCUAUUGGUAAGCAAUCGUGUUUGUAUGAAAAUGCAGUUAUAUAUGCUGUUUGGGUAAUGGGUUUAGCUUUUUAGGGGUAUUUUAGAUUUUAUUUUUGACGUGUUCUUGUUAAAUCGAGUUACAGGGAACGUGCGCAUGCUUACAUGGUUCUUCUGAUUCUUGCUCUGCUCCCAUAAACGAAAUGUAUCGCAUUUUAUUUGUAGUGGUUAUUCUCAUUUGCAAACAAGCCAAGUAAGCAUAUAUAUAUAUACAAGUAAGGCGGAUAGCAUAGCAUACAUUAGAAUAAUUGUUGAUGUGCAGUUUUUUACUGGCUUCCUUCCCCUGAACCCUGUGCAGCUGUAAAAAUAGUGUAUACCUCGCUUUAAUUCAUGCCAUAUUAGAGCCGUGGCAUCCAACAUGCAAGUUGCAUGUUGCCUUGUAGUUAUCUUAUAUUGUUGUCACUCACUAAAGUAACCAAGCACAGCUUUCCAAUGUUCCCAGUUGGCUAGCAAUAUUCAGGUGAAUCUUCGAUGUGUGGUUUAGCGUAACAAAAGCUGUGUUUUGAUUACCACUUGUUAUGAAGAAGCUUAAGGGUAGCCAGCCGAAGGAGCGCUGACGCCACCAUACCGCUCAGCAGCACGAGUACUGAGACCUAUUUGAGAUGUUGGGGGCUACACGUGAUAUGUGCAUGUGUGUGUGUUGAUGUGUGUGUGUGUGUGUGUGCGUGUGCGUGUGCGUGUGCGUGUGUGUAUGUGCUUGCCUAUGUGCGCAUGUGCGUGCAUGCAUGUCACCCGUUGUGCAAGUGUGACUGUGAGUGCAUCUGUGUAUGUGCACGCGUGCGUGUGCGUGCAUGUAAUCGAACGUGAUGCUCAUCCGCGUUAUGUGGUAUUGCCAUGCUGAGCCGUGCAUUGUGUGGUAAUCCAAUGCUGAUCUGCAUAUUGUAUGGUUAUGAGUAUACGGUUCUAGCAUUCCUGUGUGCUGAGAAAUGCGCAGUACCCGCACUUGCUUUGUCAAGGUAUUUUAGUCGGAGCAGUAACCGAUUAUUUCUAUAUCAAUAAUAAGAGAUCUGCAGUAAAGAAUUGCUGUAAUAUUAUACUGUUCUCCACCCAGGGUGGCAGAUUUCCUAAUUUUAUGCACAGUAAUUGAAUUUAUGUGGUGUAGUACAAAAAACGUAAAAUGCACCAGGUCAUCAUAGGUGACUUAACACUAGCAUAGAUGAAGUUCGGUAAAUCAUGUUAUCUGUCAAAGUCGGUGUGCAAAGCAGGGUAUACAGUAGUUGGGCAUCGGAGUUAUAAAUUGUUAAAUUGAUGGAAUUGUCAAAAUGAUUGAUUUGUAGGCCAGGCUAGGGUAUGAAAUGUAUAAAUCAUUGAUCCGUUUAGGAAAAUUAAGCCUGGGAUAUGUGUAGCCUAGCACGUUCGCAGUAGGUUUGUACAGCCUCUGAGGGACCACCGUGUUUGCAGUGCACCGUACAAUCGUGUAACCUGCACUUGCUGUUCCAUGUACACCGACCCUGCCAGUAGUUAUCAAAGCUCCAAGUCAAAGUUCCUGUACAUAUCUGCAUGUGGAUUGUUUGAGGGACAGCCCAGGAUCUUUUAUUGUUAUGCCAAAUUUGACACGGAGGGUUGAUAAGGCUGGAAUUGCUUGUGUCUUGUAGUUAAUCGUGUAUGUAGACUUGUCUCAGUUUAAAAGUUGCAAUACCUUGUGUAGUUUUAUCAUUAUAUCUUUAAACUCAUUGUUUGAAAUAUCCGUGUUUUUUUCAAGUUGAUUGUAAUACUUAUCGUCAUCAGGAGCGUAUAAUGACAAAUACUUUAUCAUUAUAUGCUCCUGCGUCAUGUAAUGCUCCUAACCAUGUUAUUUGUUGCGGUGGAGUUUUUCUGUUGAAAAGUUUGUCCGCUCGUAACUGGUUCGUGUGAUUCCAUGGGGCACUAGUACUACUGUUUCUGUUUCGGGGCGUUGAAUGCAUCAUUCAGAGAGUUGAGUGUAUGUCACGGCUCAUCUUUCCACUUAAAAGCGUUUGCUGGUGUGUUUUUUGCCGUGCCGCUUGAUCUUAAUUUAGAACGUAUACAGUAUACGAACACUUGUGCCGUGUCACGUCGCUUCCCCGUUUCGGAGCAUAGUCGUGUUCAGCUGCCCUGCCCGCUGCGUGGCCUCAUCUCGUAAAGAUCUACAUUUAUAUCACACACUGCCUGCAUGACUCGAACCCGGCGUGCUGCGGCGUACGUAGACGCGGGCGUGGCUUCUCAAGCUCGCUGAGUUUCUGUUCUGUGUUUGUUAUUAGGGACGUCGUUGCUUAUCAUCGACGUUCUGCUAGGCACCGCCAGCCAGCGCCCGCCCGCCACGCAGGUCUGUCACUCACUCACGCGUGCGCACGCGCAAGACUAUCUGCAUGGCGGGCGGGCUGGCAGGCGGGCCAGACUUCUUGAAUCUCAAUUCACGCUGCAUGCUCACCGUUACGAUGAUAUUUACUCACAUUUUCACAAACGUGUCCGGUUUGUUGAUUUUUAUAGUGUUUCAGCACACGAACAAUCUGAAGGUGCAAGUCUCUGUAUUGCUUUUAUAGUGUCAAGAAAUGGAUUUAUGAUAGCACGUCGCUGGUAUUGUUAAUGACUGGGCCGAUCACGAAGCUCAUGUUGGUGAUAUUUAAUGAUGAUGAUAGUUAACUGACACAUUUAUGGUUUCAUUUAAAUUAUAGAUGUUAGUCUCCUUAGAUGAGAUUUAAAUUUUAUCAGAAUAUGUUUGUUUUUAUAAUCAUUUGGAACACUGAUUGUACAUGUGUAACAUUUUGUUGCAUGUAACGAAAUGGAAUACGAAAUACUCAACGCGGUUUACAUAGAAGCCGUUCCAAACUGUGAAUCUCAUUAAUAUUUUUUGUCAGAAUCUUUGCCACAGACAGUUGCUUAUCAACGCUGUUAAUUACUCAACUAUAGAAAAAAUAUGUUUUUAUUAAUUUCUGGAAUUACUCACAUUCCGUCGUCGGCGUCUGUGCACGUUAACUACAGUGAACUGUAUCGGAGGCGUUCUAUGUUCCAACUUUACAGUAAUUGUAGAAGCGAGAUGUUGUUACGAAUGCCGCAAGAUAGUGUUGUAUUCAGCACUAUCCAGCUUGUUUACAUUUCUAGUUUAAUUUGAUUUUUACUGUACUGACAGUAUAAUGGCAAUAAAGGUCAUCAUUCUUCAUCUUGA